AUGUGGAUCAUCAUCCAAACCAGCUUCUCACUUCCACUCGACGACACUGGAAAACCAAUAUCAUGUGAAAACUGGGACCAAAGUGUAAUGAAGAAGAUCAAAGUCGAUGCAAAGGCAACCAAGACCCUCCAAUGUGGCUUAACCAAAGAAGAGUUGAACCAGGUCGACCCCUUCAACAUCGCUAAGGAGUUAUGGGAAAAGCUAAUCGAGCUAGACGAGGGCACCUUCGACACAAAGGAUGGUGAGUCGGUGAGUCAACUGUAUGCACGCAUCCAAGACCUUCUCAAUGGUCUCCACACAAUUGGUUAG